AUGGGCUCUAAAGAUAAAAAUCCCCGAAAGAAAAAGAAUUUGGGAGAAAAGGUUCAAGAAGAACCUAGUAAAGAAAUAUGUCCUGAAGACAUAAACAAACUGGUUUUUGAAGAACCAGAGAAAGAGAUUCGUCCAGAAGACGAACAUGAUACAGAAAAAUUUGAGAUUUCCAUCAACUUCGCCCAAAAUGGAAAAGUAUGGACAAGAAAUGAAAUAGAAGAUGAUGAUGGAAUAUUCUCUUUUUCUGUAUACAAAGAGAUUGAUCAUGAAAGUGAUGAUCCAGAUCCAGAAACAAUAUCAGAGUGUCUGAAAAGACCUGAUUGGGAGAAAUGGAAAAUGGCCAUCCAAGCUGAAUUACUCUCCCUCAAUAAAAGAAGUGUUUUUGGACCUAUUGUCACAACUCCUGAGAAUACAAAACCCGUCGGGCACAAAUGGGUUUUUGUAAGAAAAAGAAAUGAGAAAAAUGAGGUCACAAGAUAUAAAGCCCGACUUGUGGCUCAAGGUUUUUCUCAAAGACCGGGAAUUGAUUAUGAAGAAACAUAUUCCCCGGUAAUGGAUGCCAUAACAUUCAGAUUUUUGAUGAGCUUAGCAGCGUCUCAAAAUCUUGAAAUGUAUCUCAUGGAUGUUGUGACAGCAUAUCUAUAUGGAUCUCUUGAAAAUGAGAUAUAUAUGAAAAUCCCAGAAGGAUUAAAAAUGCCUGAGGAUUUGAAAUCAAAGGCUAAGGAGAUCUGUUCGGUCAGAUUACAGCGAUCACUUUAUGGACUAAAACAGUCCGGACGCAUGUGGUAUAAUCGCUUAAGUGAAUAUUUGUUGAGUAAAGAUUACGUCAACAAUGCGAUAUGCCCUUGCGUAUUCAUUAAGAAAUCCUCGUCAGGAUUUGUGAUUAUUGCUGUAUAUGUAGAUGACCUGAACAUGAUUGGAACUCAAAAGGAAAUUGAUGAUGCAAGAACUCAUAUGAAAGAAGAGUUUGAAAUGAAAGAUCUUGGAAAGACAAAGUUUUGUCUUGGGCUCCAGAUAGAGCAUUUCCAAGAUGGUAUAUUUGUGCAUCAGUCAAAUUACACUAAAAGAGUGUUAAAACGCUUUUAUAUGGACAAAGCAACUCCUUUGAGUACUCCAAUGGUUAAUAGAUCUCUUGAUGUUGAAAAGGAUCCAUUCCGUCCUUGUGAGGAUAACGAGGAAGUGUUAGGUCCUGAAGUACCUUACAUGAGCGCUAUUGGUGGACUAAUGUAUCUUGCAAAUUGCACUAGACCAGAUAUAGCUUUUGCUACUAAUCUGCUUGCAAGAUAUAGUUCGUCCCCUACGCGCAGACAUUGGAAUGGAAUAAAACAUAUUUUUCGUUAUCUUCAAGGAUCAAUUGAUUUAGGAUUAUUUUAUCCUAAGAACUCAAAAUGUGUUUUAGUUGGUUUUGCUGAUGCAGGAUAUCUAUCAGAUCCACACAAAGCUAGAUCACAAACAGGUUAUGUUUUCACAAUUGGUGGAACUGCGGUCUCCUGGCGUUCGCAAAAGCAAACUUUGGUUGCAACGUCUUCAAAUUAUGCAGAAACUAUUGCUCUCCAUGAAGCAUGUAGAGAGUGUGUGUGGCUCCGGUCUAUGACUCAUCACAUACAAGAAUCAAGUGGAAUAGUUACAGAGAAAGAGCCAACAAAAAUAUUUGAAGACAAUUCUGCAUGUGUCACACAACUCAAAGAAGGUUAUAUCAAGAGUGACAGAACGAAGCAUAUUCCUCCAAGAUUUUUCUCAUACACUCAAGAACUCCAGAAAAAUCAAGAAGUGGACAUCGAGUAUAUUCGUUCAAGUGACAAUGCAGCCGAUCUUUUUACAAAGGCGCUUCCUACUACAGUGUUCAAGAAGCAUGUUCACAGUAUCGGAAUGCGUCGUCUACAAAAUUUGUGA